AUGAGCAACCCACAAGUUUGCAGGGGAUACACGGGAAGCUUCGUGGGGCACGUCUGCUCUUCGUGUGAAGGAAAAUGUGUCUCCUGUGAAACCUCCGAACGUGGUGCUGCUUCCUGUCGGGUGGCUCAGAUUUGUCGAGUGUGCUCCCAACGCCCCCGAAGAGCAUGCGUUCUGUGUGGACUUCCCGGAACUAAUCUCGCGUACUAUUGCGAAAGGUGUGUCAUGCUAGAAAAAGAUCGUGAUGGUUGUCCAGUGCGCAUAUCAUGA